AGAAAAAUAAAUGGAAGAAAAGAAAGAAAUCAAAGUCUGAGGUCCUCGGCCCACGAAUUGAACCAUCUUCAACCCCUAAAUUACACAGCGAAGGAGUCAAACUCAAAGAAUCCGCGGCAUUUGUUAAUUUCUUCUGUUAGAGCUCCAAUCUAUAAAGAGGGGGGAUGAAGAUGGCCACGUUCUCAUUACGGAGCCGCAGUUUCCAAAGAAAGAAAGAAAGAAAGAAAAUAAACUUUUGAUCAUUAAUUUCUUUGUUCUGAUUAUUUCGGAAUCAAUUAAUGUCUGCAAACAGAAUGAUUGCUGCAGGAAAUGAAAGUGAGGUCCAUGGGGGAUUAAUGUUGGAGAUGAAGGAGCCAAUGGACUCUGAGGUCUUCGUUGACUUUCUCAGAUUUUCAAUUUUAGAUUGCAGACGUCAGGGUAGGAAAGGUGUUUGGCUCAAAUUGCCUAUUGAGCUAGUAAAUCUUCUUGAGGCUGCAGUUAAGGAGGGGUUUUGGUACCACAAUGCUGAGCCCAAAUACUUGAUGCUUGUAUAUUGGGUUCAUGAAGGUCUAAGUACUGUCCCUGCCAAUGCGACACACAAAGUGGUUAUUGCUGCAUUUGUCAUGAAUGAAAAAAGAGAGGUGCUGGUUGUCCAAGAAAAAAUUGGAAAAUUUAAAGGAACAGGUGUGUGGAAGUUUCCCACUGGAGGUGUUGAUGAGGGGGAAGACAUUUGCGAGGCUGCAGUGAGAGAAGUAAAAGAAGAGACAAACAUUGACACAGAAUUUGUAGAAGUGCUGGCUUUCAGAGAAAGCCAUAAAUCAUUCUUUGGGAAGUCAGAAUUAUACAUCCUGUGCAUGCUGCAGCCCAUUUCUUUUGAUAUCCAGAAGCAGGAAUUAGAGCUAGAUGCUGCCCAGUGGAUGCCAUUUGAGGAAUAUGCAGCUCAGCCCUUUGUCCAGAAACAUGAGCUGUAUAAGUAUGGUGUUGUCAUAUGUGCAGCAAAGAUAGACAGCAAGUACUGUGGGUUUCCUUCUGUGCAUACAGAAUCCAGUUCUCCUGGUGACAGGAAGAGCUACCUUUACAUGAAUACUAAGGUCUAAACAGUCACUAAUCAGCCGCCACUGCAUCAUAGGCAUAGCCUCCAAAUUCUCUGUAUCUCUCAUUUUAUUUAUUUAUUUAUUAUUUGACUAAUUACAUAUGUAUAGCCAUUCUCUCCCGAGAGGAUGAUGAGGAAUAAGUGAACCUUUUCCUUGUAGUUUAUUUGUAAUACUUUUUAGGAUUUGCAUAAUGAGAAUUAAUCAAUAGUUGAAUUUUGAUUA